AUGCCCAGCUGUUGUCAUUCCCCAGGAGCAGACAGGCCCAGCAAACCAGGCGGGGUCAGGGCACCAGUGAAUAUCAAACCAGGGCAGGGCAAACCAGUGUACAUCAAACCAGUGAAUAUCAAACCAGUGCAGGGCAAACCAGGGCACAAAAAAACAGUGCCCAUCAAACCAGUGCCUGAAAAACCAGUGUACAUCAAACCAGUGAAUAUCAAACCAGUGCAGGGCAAACCAGGGCACAAAAAAACAGUGCCCAUCAAACCAGUGCCUGAAAAACCAGUGUCCAUCAAACCAGUGAAUAUCAAACCAGUGCAGAGCAAACCAGUGCCCAACAAACCAGUGCCCAUUAAACCAGUAAAUAUCAAACCAACGCCCAUCAAACCAGUAACUAUCAAACCAGUGAACUUCAAACCAGUGAACUUCAAACCAGUGCCCAUCAGUUACCCCAAAACUCCCUGA